AUGGAUAUAAACAUAUCGGAAGUGACAGUUAUCCAAUUAAAAAAGUGGUUGGAGCUUCUAAAUCUGUCGACGAAGGGCACCAAAUCUGAACUUUUUGCUCGGCUUUGCAGCGUUCCGGAAGAAAUUCGCGGAAGGGCGCCCGAGAACCUUGUGGAGCAAGCUGAAUUGGAAAAUGUUGACGAGAAUCGCACGCUGGUGGCAACCGAAAUAACGGAGGCAGAGGAGGCGAAAAUGCGUUUCAACAGAACGAGCAACGGCGAAACAGCGGAGGCGGCGGAGACGAAAAUGCGUUUCGGCAGAACGAGCAACGGCGAAACAGCGGAGGCGGCGGAGACGAAAUUGCGUUUCAGCAAAACAACGGCGGCAGAGACGGCGGCGGCAGAGACAACGGCGGCAGAGACAACGGCGGCAGAGACAACGGCGGCAGAGACAACGGCGGCAGAGACAACGGCGACAGAGACGGCGACGGCAGAGACAGCGGUGGCAGAGAAGGCGGUGGCAGAGAAGGCGGUGGCAGAGAAGGCAGAGACGACGGCAGGCAGAGGCAGCGCCGUUUAUGACGAAAUCAUCAGGAUUUAA